GCGGCGGCGCGCGCCUGGCUGGGCCCAGCCGAGCGGGAGGGACCGAGCGGAGGAGCGAGCCGAGCGGCGUCGCCGGAGCCCAGCCGCGCCGCCGGCCCGCCAGCCCGCGCUCCAGUCCGCCGAGUCUAGCAGCGGGGCCCAGCAUGGUCAUGGCGGAUGGCCCGAAGCACUUGCAGCGCGGGCCGGUCCGGGUGGGGUUCUACGACAUCGAGGGCACGCUGGGCAAGGGUAACUUCGCCGUGGUGAAGCUGGGGCGGCACCGGAUCACCAAGACGGAGGUGGCAAUAAAAAUAAUCGAUAAAUCUCAGCUGGAUGCAGUGAACCUUGAGAAAAUCUACCGAGAAGUACAAAUAAUGAAAAUGUUAGACCACCCUCACAUCAUCAAACUUUAUCAGGUAAUGGAGACCAAAAAUAUGUUGUACCUUGUGACAGAAUAUGCCAAAAAUGGAGAAAUUUUUGACUACCUUGCUAAUCAUGGCCGGUUAAAUGAGUCUGAGGCCAGGCGCAAAUUCUGGCAAAUCCUGUCCGCUGUUGAUUAUUGUCAUGGCCGGAAAAUCGUGCACCGUGAUCUCAAGGCUGAAAAUCUCCUGCUGGAUAGCAACAUGAACAUCAAGCUAGCAGAUUUCGGUUUUGGAAAUUUCUUUAAAAGUGGCGAACUGCUGGCAACCUGGUGUGGCAGCCCCCCUUACGCAGCCCCGGAGGUCUUUGAAGGGCAGCAGUACGAGGGACCGCAGCUGGAUAUCUGGAGCAUGGGAGUUGUUCUUUACGUCCUUGUCUGUGGAGCUCUGCCUUUUGAUGGACCAACUCUUCCAAUUUUGAGGCAGAGAGUUUUAGAAGGAAGAUUCCGGAUUCCGUAUUUCAUGUCAGAAGAUUGUGAGCACCUUAUUCGAAGGAUGCUGGUGCUGGACCCAUCCAAACGGCUAACGAUAGCUCAAAUCAAGGAGCAUAAAUGGAUGCUCGUAGAAGUUCCUGUACAGAGACCUGUUCUCUAUCCACAAGGGCAAGAAAAUGAGCCAUCCAUUGGGGAAUUUAAUGAGCAGGUUCUGCGACUGAUGCACAGCCUCGGAAUAGAUCAGCAGAAAACCAUCGAGUCUUUGCAGAACAAGAGCUACAACCACUUUGCUGCCAUUUAUUACUUGUUGGUGGAGCGCCUGAAAUCACAUCGGAGCAGUUUUCCCGUGGAGCAGAGACUCGACGCCCGCCAGCGGCGGCCCAGCACCGUGGCUGAACAGACCGUUGCCAAGGCACAAACGGUGGGGCUGCCGGUGACCGUGCAUUCACCCAGCGUGCGGCUGAUGCGGUCCGCCCUCCUCCCACAGGCGUCUAACGUGGAGGCCUUUUCGUUCCCAGCAUCCGGCUGCCAGGCAGAAGCAGCAUUUAUGGAAGAAGAGUGUGUCGACACGCCAAAGGUAAACGGCUGUCUGCUGGACCCCGUGCCGCCCGUGCUGGUGAGGAAGGGGUGCCAGUCGUUGCCCAGCAACAUGAUGGAGACCUCCAUCGAUGAGGGGCUGGAGACAGAGGGAGAGGCUGAGGAAGACCCCAGCCAGGCCUUUGAUGCGUUCCAGUCCACACGCAGUGGGCAGAGACGGCACACUCUGUCCGAAGUCACCAAUCAGAUGCUUGUGGUGCCUGGUUCAGGGAAAAUUUUCUCCAUGAGUGACAACCCCUCCCUUGACAGUGUGGACUCGGAGUAUGAUAUGGGGUCUGUUCAGAGGGACCUGAACUUUCUGGAGGACAACCCUUCCCUUAAGGACAUCAUGUUAGCCAAUCCGCCCUCCCCACGCAUGACGUCUCCCUUCAUCAGCCUGAGACCUGCCAACCCAGCCAUGCAGGCUUUGAGCUCCCAGAAGCGAGAGGCCCACAACAGGUCACCAGUGAGCUUCAGAGAAGGCCGCAGGGCGUCGGAUACCUCCCUCACCCAAGGAAUUGUGGCAUUUAGACAACAUCUUCAGAAUCUGGCCAGAACCAAAGGAAUCCUAGAACUGAACAAAGUGCAGCUGCUCUACGAACAGCUCGGACCAGAGGCAGACCCGGACUUGGCACCUGCUGCCCCUCAGCUCCAGGACCUCGCCGCCAGCUGCCCUCAGGAGGAAGUUUCUCAGCAGCAGAAGACGGUCUCUGCCGUGCCCGGCCCUGCGCGUCCGCAGCUUUCCCCGCGCCAGAGCCUGGAGGCACAGUAUCGCCACAGACUCCAGAAGCCCAGCCUUCUGUCAAAAGCGCAGAACACCUGUCAGCUGUACUGUAAAGAGCCACCGCGGAGCCUCGAGCAGCAGCUGCAGGAACACAGACUCCAACAGAAGCGACUCUUUCUCCAGAAACAGUCUCAGCUACAGGCCUACUUUAAUCAGAUGCAGAUAGCAGAGAGCCCAUACCCGCCGCCCGGUCAGCAGCUGCCCCUGCCCCGCCAGGACACGUCCACGCCGUCCCCGCAGCCCCCGCCUUUCAGCCUGCCCCAGCCCCUGAGCCCCGUGCUGGAGCCCGCUUCCGAGCAAAUGCAGUACAGCCCCUUUGUCAGCCAGUUCCAGGAGAUGCAGCUGCCACCCCUGCCCUCAGCACCCCGGCCCCGGGCUCCUCCGCUGGCGGUGCACCUGCAGCCACCCCGGCCGCCGCCGCCGCCGCCGCCCCCACCACCCCCGCAGCAGGCCGGAGCCACCCCAGCCCCCUUACAGUUCUCCUAUCAGACUUGCGAGCUGCCGGGGGCUGCCUCCCCGGAGCCAGACUACCCCGCUCCCUGCCAGUACCCCAUGGAGGGGGCGCCACAGAGCAGCCUGGCUGCGCAGGACUGUCCCCGGAACUCGGGACUGCAGGAGGCCCCCUCCAGCUACGACCCUCUAGCCCUCUCAGAGUUCCCCGGACUCUUCGAUUGUGAAAUGCUAGAGGCUGUGGACCCACAGCACGGUGGCUACGUCCUGGUAAACUAACCUCAGCACAGGAAGUGAGGCGGGUCCAGUGAAGGAAGAAUGUGUGUUUCUAUUUUUAUUCCAGCCUUUUCAAUUUAAAGCUUAUUUUCCUGCCUUCUCCCAAAUGGAGAAAAAGUAAGUUGCCCACCUGGAAUCAGAGGGCCUGGCCAGGCCACGUGUCUCUCUCUCCUGGCUCUGUCCCACCAUAGUCCUCUGGGGCCAGUGCGGAGCGGAGCAGUAGCCGAAGUCCUGCCCUUCCAGCAGGCGGAGGCCGCUCUCACGGGAGGCACUGACAGAGGCUUUUAGGAGACGACAUCCAGACCUAGGUUUUCUGUAGAACAACACCAACUCGUUAUCGAGGGAAACCUUGGUGGAAGCAGGAAAAACUGUGCCAUUAGAUAUGGGCAAAACCAAAACAGAACAACAUGACACCAGAUUUUUCACUGAAGCCAAGCAACACGCGUUCUGUUACACAAGUCGAGGAUACGUAAUGGGCUUUGAUGCACAGGAAGUAAAGGAAAAGCUGUGCUUUGUCAUCAAGUCCUCAGUCUGAAGCCGCUGCUUCCGGUUGUCCCCGAGACCACUGCAAAGAAGUGGAACGUGAGCUUCGUUUCUGGGGCCACGAAGUCACAGCUGGCACUGACCCCUGGGACGGGCAGUCGUCUCCACUUGGGAGCAGUGACUUCCUUCUUCCGAAGGUUCCCUGGGGUGCAAAGUGGACUCAGGGCUCCAACACGGUCACCUGUAGAAUCACGAGACCCAGCACAGCGGAGGCAGGGGCAAGGCCACAAGGAGCCCUCGGGAGCAGCAGCCCUGGGCCAAGGGAAGACGGGCUAUUCCGGCUGAGUCUUUGGUGUAAACUGCUGGUCUGGGACAGUUGAUCUCCAGAGGACCUAGCGUCUCUUUUAAAAUGUAGUAACUACUCUGACUUUACCUUCUGUGUCGCUAGUAGUUUAUUGAGCUUUGUAUGUUUGGACAGUUUCAUAGGGCUUAGAAAUUUCAAGGACAAGAAACAUGAACUUUGAUCUCCCAUGUGAAGUGGUAGUGCUGUGCCUUUUUUCCCCCCAGAUCAUGCUUUAAUUCUUUCUUUUCUGUAGAAACCAACAGUUUUCCAUUUAUGUCAAUGCUAAAUCCAAAGUCACUUCAGAGUUUGUUUUCCACCAUGUGGGAAUUGCAUUCUUAAUUUCCUUAGAAGUUCUGACUUGUAAUGAAACGUUCAAGUAUUACAGCAAUAUUUAAAACCACAAACGUGUUAACCACCUAGCGGAUCAGCUGUCAAAACACGUGCUAUGACUAGUGAAAACGUAACCUUAAUUCUUAGUUCUCUCACCAGAGUAAGUAAAAGUAAGUAACGCACCAGCUAGUUAACCGUAGACCUAGAAGUAACAACCUGUCGCUCGGACAGCAACAUCCCAGUGUUACAAACCCAGUGUUACUGACAAAGACUGUCGUUUCUGUCCUGUAGAAUGGCUUGUCCUAGCAGCAGAUGAAUGCGCUAAGCACAAAGCAUCACAAAGCACAAAGAAGAGAGACACUACCAUGCUGCAUCCAGAAACACCUUUAAGUUGCCUUUCCUCGUUGUAGAGGGUGUCCAGGCAGGUGAGAAGCGUGCCCCGGCCCAGCCGCUCCCAGCGGGGGUGAGGGGAGCAGUCCUCGGUCCCGGCUCUGGUGGGCGCCAGGACGUGCCAUAGAAGUGCUCUGCUGGGGGGGAGCAUUCAGGCCUUAGCAAGAGAGGGUCCCCUGGAGGACUGUCGUCUUGUGAUUUAACAGCUCGCAAAGAUCCAGUAGGAAUGAAUUCUGUUCCUUCUGUGGAUUGUUUAUUCCUCCUCAUGCUUAAACAUCAUUUAAGCCAUCCUUUAAGAUCUCUAAUCUGUUUUCAAUCUUCGCAGAAUAAGCCAGUUAUGAAAUAGGGCUUGAUUUAACUAAAGGAUAUUUUUCCAAAAUAUACUACAGAAGCAUUGUCAUGUUUAUGAAAUUAAAAUGCCUUCUAGUCUGAACCUGGGGUGGCAGGAAUGGUACUCACAGGCCGACACCGAGGCCUGCCCACCCCCCUCCCACCCCCAAAAGGCCAUAAGCCUUGGAGCGGCGGCUGACUGGUGAGGCGAACCCAGGGCACAGUGGAGAGGCCAGUGGCGGUCGGAGGGCCUAGAGCUGCUGCGGGAAGCUCCCGGCGGGGGCCGGCGUGGGAGACACCAGACAGACCAGCAGCACGUCAGACCCGGGGGUGUAAGCUAUUUGCUUUGCUCAUUUCAAGCAGAAAUCAGGAAAUUCCCUAACGAUCCGUCCUUACUGAAAGGUAAACUGGUGAGAGGAGACUGGUGAUGGUCAGUCAAGUGUGUUCCCAGCCCUGUGGGAUCACCUCCAGGGCUCGGUCCCCUGACCAGGGACCUCUGGACACUUCCGAGCAGCUACCACACUAAAACAACACUAAGAAGGCUUCGUAUACUGCUCUUUUUACGAGAGGCUACUUUGAAAUAAUGACUUUCUUUCCAGUUUGUUUCACGUAAGCAGUGUGUACACUACUGUAUAGUAAUCAUUAGCUUUAUUAUCUUGUAAACCAGGCUCCUCUGAAGAGACUUUGGUGAGAUGAACGUGAGGUAAAAAUUUCAUUCGGCAAAAAGUGCAAUAUGUGUGGUACUUUAUUUUUUAUGUUCUUUUUUUAAUCCAGGGGUAUUAGUCUCUGCUUUGGGAAAAAUGCACUAGUUCUGCAAUUUCCAGUUGGGCAAGUGUGUCUCUAGUAUUUACAUGCAACUGAUGUGCUGGUCCCUGUAAGGCAAGUAGAGUGCGUUACCGCGACAGAAGGGCAGGCAGGCUCUUGCCAAGUCCCUGGGGAGCUACGCUGACCCUGGGGCAGAAGGCUUUCAACAGCACCCCCCUUUCCAUUAUCCAGACACACACACAUCUGGGGCCCCCGGGGGGAGGACCAGGACAUGGCGCUGAAGGAAAGUUCUGGUAGGGACAAAACCCCUUCCCUUCCACAUCACACUUUGUUCCCAGGAAGGAGGAAGUCGACUCCCUCGCUUGCUCAGAAAUAAAGACCUGCCAGGCUCGAGUUUCCUGAGGCCCUCCGGUGCGCGGGGUCUGCCCCCCCAUCUGGGAGGGAGAGCCUCCCCCCCCCCCGCCCGCUCCCCACUAUCAUUAGCACUGGAGAAGGGGCGCGCUUGGAGUUGGCAGGGUGGGGGGGCGCUCUGGCGGCUCAGGGGUGCGGCCCGUGCAGGUUCCCUGAGGGAACUGGUGGCUUUGGGUGACAUUUGAAAGGCUGUCAGUGGUCAAACCUAAGCACCCUUUUGGUUUAAAGGAAAUUCAUCCUUCAGCUCUUUUCCACAUUCCUCCUCCUCCAGCGACGAGACAGAGGGUGCUCCGACCGCUCUGGUCCCGGGGGCAGUUGUGGUCUCCCCGUGCGGGGAGCUUACCUUGGCCGCAUCUGUACCCCUGAACCGGGCUUGCCUCUACGGUCUCCUCGGAAACCACCCGAGCCCCUCGCUCUCUGUGUGCCUAGACAUCAAAGGGACAAACUGGAGAACAGGUAGUAAGUUGGAGUCACUGCAUAGGCAGGGGUCUUUGAUCGCUGUGCGGCUUCUGGAAAUUUUAACCGAACUUUCAGAGUGGUGUGUGGAAGACAAGAGCAGCACCGUCUGCCGCUGUGUCAAAACGGGACAAAGUCUUUAAAUGUGUCCCCUCUGACAAGUUCAGUUGUAGGGUCCCACCUGCCUGGGGGGCCCGGGGGGGGGUCACUAACCACAGAGCCCCCCUCUGGGCCAGCUGCGGCAGCACAGGGCACCCCCUCCUGCAGACUGGGGGGCGGGGGGUGCGGCCGACCGCUCCCGGCCCCCGCCAGCCUCCCGCUCUGCAAGGAGCAACGGCUCGUAAUUGUACGUCCGCCACCGAACACUUCACACGAGACUCUGCGAAAUGAGCCGGACGCCUCCAGUCCUCACUUCUUACAGCGGAGGCCACCAGGGCUGGAGGGAGGCUGGGGAGCGGGCAGGGCGCGCGGGCCGUGCGGGCGGAGGGGGGCCGGCUCGGGGGCUGCCGGCUUCUCCCUGGCUGCUCUUUCCCUCCGCGGUAGUCGGACCCGCCACGAGCCAACAGCGAUCGAAAAGCCCCCACCUCCGUUAAGCGCCGGGCAGAUGUGCCCGUCCCCGCAACCGUAUUCUCCCCAUGGCAGCUGCCUGGCUCUGGGGCAGCUGCCCCCCCCCCCCCCGGCGGCCGCGCAAGAACAGGCUGGAGAGACCCGGAGCCCACGGCGCGCCCUGCCUGCGGGUCCGGCCGACCAAGGCAGCGGUGGCAGCAGCGGCUCACGGCAGAGCGCGCGGACUUCUCCGAGUCACGCGACAGGGCGAUUUCCUAGAGGAGCCCGCGCUGGAAGGGCACACCCUUCCUGACGGCACAGGGGCCGCGGCAGGCCCGCAGACCGAGCCACGGAAGGAGGCCCUCAAAGAAGAAUCGGGAAAGGAGCCUGGUCCGCGGGAGGGGCAUACCAUUUCUCUCCAGACAAGGUCCAUCAGAUACGAGUGAAAUUAGACACUUUUAGAGAAAAAACAACAUACUUUGAAUACUCUGUCUUCUCAGAGGCAAAGUGGGUGGGUAGAGGGGCGCAGGAGAAAUAGAAGCACAAAAGAACAUCGUGGAGAAACGGGACCCCAGACUGGAAUUCUGUUCCGCGAGCAAGUGGAGCGAACUCAGACCCGCCGCUGGCUGUGUGGGGCCCAUCUGGUUCGGGAUCUGCUCAGUGAAGGAAAUCAAGUGGCCAUGCCUUCCCACUACUGCUGGUGAAGGAUCCCCGCCUCCACCAAAUGCUGUGGAGGGAAAAGCAGAAGUUUUGCUUCUCUCUGGGGACUGCAAUUUAAGAAGUAAAAGUGAUCAAGAUAUUUGCACUUUGUAGAAAGGGCAAGAUUAUUUGCUUAUUUCUGAAAGGAGGAGGGUGGUCUUUGCUGGAUGUUUGGUUUGUGGAAGUUACUUUUGACAAAAAUCUGAUUGUAGUUAUUUUUUUCCGUGUGUUGUUUUUAAUUACUAAGAAUGGUGAGUUCAAUAGCUUUUGGUAUUUUGAGUGCAAAUCAUAAUAGUUCCAAUGUAAAAAAAAAAAUCAAAAUGGACCCUGUCCCUCAAUGUUAGAAAAUUACCUAAAAUGCAGUUUAAUAAAUGAUCUUUGUUACCAAGUGGUAAUUUACAUGGGGUAAUGUUCUGCAAGGAAAAUGUACUGUUUUUAUGUUUUCAACCUAAAAUUCAAUUAAAAUAAAAACAACUUGUUUUCUAAGA